AUGGACAUAUCACUUCUUUACGUGUUGGUAAUUCUUAACGUGCCAAACCUGGUGAGAGCCCUUCCAGAAGGCACCAACAUCAACGAACAAGGCGGCACAUAUGGCAACGCACUACAGGCCGCUUCGCAUGCAGGGAGCUUAGAGCUCAUGGAGCUGCUCCUUAAAAAGGGUGUUAAUGUUAACGCACAAGGCAGACGCUAUAGCAAUGCCCUACAGGCUGCUGCAAGAGGCAGUGUACAGAUAGUUAUAGAGCUGCUUCUUAGAAAAGGUGCUAAUGUUAAUACACAAGGCAGACGCUAUAACCUUGACAUUAUAGAGCUACUCCUUAAGAAUAGCGCUGAUGUUAAUGCACAAGGUGGAUACUAUAGUGCUGAUGUUAAUGCACAAGGCGGACGCUAUGGCAGCGCUCUGCAAGCUGCUUUAUUUAGAGGAGACCUUGACAUUAUAGAGCUACUCCUUAAGAAUAGCGCUGAUGUUAACGCACAAGGCAGAUACUAUAGCAACGCACUACAGGCUGCUUUAUAUAUAGGGAGCUUAGAGGUUAUAGAGCUGCUCCUUAGAAAAGGUGCUGAUGUUAAUGCACAAGGCGGACGCUAUAGCAAUGCCCUACAGGCUACUGCAAGAGGCAACGUGCAGACAGUAGAGCUACUCCUUAAAAACGGUGCUAAUGUUAACGCACAAGGCGGCUACCAUCGCAGCGCUCUGCAAGCCGCUUCAUCACAAGGACGCUUUGAUAUUAUAAAGCUACUCCUUGACAAUGGCGCCGAUGACUCACAAGCUGACGAUAAUCUUUCACUCACGGUUAACGUAUGGGUUUCUCGUGACUAA